CCUCUCCCCGCUUCCGGGAGGCGGCGCGUGUCUCCUCAGGCGGCGAGCCGCGCCGGUCGAUUUUUUUUGUUUUUUCUUUUUCUUUCUCUUUCUCGGGGUCUCCGGGGCCUGUAAGGCGGUGCGACAGCGAGCGCGCCAUGGGCAAGGCCAAGUCCGCCGGCGCGCGCGCCAAGGCCCCCGCGGCGAAGGCCAGGCCCAACCCGUUCGAAGUGAAAGUCAACCGGCAGAAGUUCCAGGUGCUGGGCCGGCGGACGCGCCACGACGUGGGGCUGCCCGGGGCGUCGCGCGCGCGCGCCCUCCAGAAGCGUACCCAGACUUUAUUAAAGGAAUACAAGGAAAGGAACAAGUCCAAUGUAUUCACAGACAGACGCUUUGGGGAAUACAAUAGCAACAUAAGCCCAGAGGAGAAGAUGAUGAAGCGGUUCGCUCUGGAGCAGCAGAAACAUCAUGAGAAAAAAAGCAUCUACAACCUGAACGAAGAUGAGGAGUUAACCCAUUAUGGCCGGUCUUUGGCAGACAUCGAGAAGUACCAUGACAUUGUGGAUAGUGACGGUGAUGCUGAGGAUCCAGGGACCUUGUCUGCUGAGCUGACUGCUGCCCACUUUGGAGGAGGUGGCGGACUGCUCCAUAAGAGUGCCUCUCAACAGGAGGGCAAGGCGGGGGAGCACCCGAAGUCUCGGAAAGAACUGAUUGAGGAGCUCAUCGCGCAGUCCAAGCAAGAGAAGAGAGAGCGACAAGCCCAACGAGAAGAUGCCCUUGAGCUCACAGAAAAGCUGGACCAAGACUGGAAAGAGAUCCAGACUCUCCUGUCGCACAGAAAGCCCAAGUCAGAGGCCAGAGAGGAAAAGGAGACGCCCAAGCCCGAUGCCUAUGACAUGAUGGUGCGUGAGCUCGGCUUUGAAAUGAAGGCACAGCCCUCCAACAGGAUGAAAACGGAAGAGGAGCUGGCGAGGGAGGAGCAGGAGCGGCUCCAGAAGCUGGAGGCUGAAAGACUUGGAAGAAUGCGUGCGCGGGAGGAGGAGGACAGCAGGAGACCGCAGCACGCGUCUGCAGAUGACUUGGACGACGGCUUCGUGCUGGGUGCAGAUGACAGGCGACUGCUUGCUUACAGAGAUGGGAAGAUGAACGUUGAGGACAAUGUGCGGGAAGAGCAGAGUCCGGAAGCCAGCGGCACUGAGAGCGAGGAGGAGGAGGGGGCGGACUCCGAGGAGAGUGACGGCCCAGACAGCCACUCAGACCUGGAGUCCAACGCAGGGAGCGAGGGAGAGGAGAGGCCAGGGGACCAACAGCGGCAGACUCCUCAGAAAAGAGUGACCAGUGAUGACCACGGAGCUGCUCCAGCUGAGCUGCCCUACACAUUUGCAGCUCCUGAGUCCUACGAGGCCCUGAGAUCCUUGCUGGCGGGAAGGUCCAUGGACGAGCAGUCUCUGGUGGUGGAGAGAAUUCAGAAAUGCAGCCAUCCGAGUCUCGCAGAGGGCAACAAAGCCAAGCUCGAGAAACUGUUUGGCUUCCUUUUGGAAUACGUGGGAGAUCUGGCAACAAGCGACCCGCCGGACCUCAGAGUAAUUGAUAAGUUGGUUGUGCAGCUGUAUAACCUCUGCCAGAUGUUUCCCGAAGCUGCCAGCAGCGCCGUGCAGUUUGUCCUCCGGGACGCCAUGCACGAGCUGGAAGAAACGCUGGAGACCAGAGGCCGGGCGGCGUUUCCAGGGCUGGACGUGCUCGUCUACUUGAAGAUCGCUGGGCUGCUCUUUCCCACCUCUGACUUCUGGCACCCCGUGGUGACGCCCGCCCUGGUGUGCAUGAGCCAGCUGCUCACCAAGUGCCCCGUGCUGUGCCUCCGUGACGUGGUGAAGGGCCUGUUUGUGUGCAGCCUGUUCCUGGACUACGUGUCUCUGUCUCAGAGGUUCAUCCCUGAGCUCCUCAACUUCCUCCUGGGCAUUCUCUACACGGCGACCCCAAACAGACCAAGCCAAGGUUACACCCUGGUGCACCCUUUCAGAGCACUCGGGAAGAACUCCGAAUUGCUCUUGGUGUCUGACCAGAAGGACGUGGCCACGUGGCAGAGGGGGAGCCUCCCCCUGCGUUGGGCGAGCGGGCUGAGAGCCCAGACUGAGGCCGAGGCCAACCACACCAGGCUGUCCUGCCUGGCUGUGUGCCUGGCCCUGCUGAAGCACACCGUGCUCCUGUACCGCGCGCUGCCCGCCUUCCACGCCGUCUCCAGGCCCCUCGCGGCCCUCCUCACGCAGCACCUGGCCAGCUGCAGCCACCCCCGUGAGCUCCAGGAGCUGUGUGGGAGCCUGCUGUCGGAGCUGGAGACGCGUGCGCAGCUGUACCGCCCGCUGACCUGCGAGAGGGCCAAGCCCGUGCCCCUGAAGCUGUUCACCCCCCGCCUGGUCAAAGUCCUGGAGUUCGGGAGGACGCAGGGCAGCAGCAGGGCAGAGCGCGAGCGCCGGCGGCUGAUCCACAAGCACAGGCGGGAGUUCAAAGGCGCCGUGCGGGAGAUCCGCAAGGACAACCAGUUCCUGGCCCGCAUGCAGCUGUCGGAGACGCUGGAGCGGGACGCGGAGAGGAAGCGCAAAGUGAAGCAGCUACUGGGCAGCCUGGCCGCGCAGGAGGGCGAGUGGAAGGCGCUGAAGAGGAAGAGGCUCCAGAGAUAGACCCCUGCCCGCCCGCCCCCACGGGCUGUCAAUUAUACCUGUGAAACAGACCGCGUGUCACCUGAGGUGUUGAUUUAUGGGCCACGCGCCACUGGCCGGUAGGGCGGGCGCCCUGGGGUGCGCUGGGCCUGGGAGCGGCUGUGGCCUGGGACAGAACCACGCCCUGAGUCCUGCGGGGACUGAGCCGCCCUGGGGGAGGAGCUGGAGAAGCCCCCCACCCAGGGGAUCCCCGGAUGUCCAGCACGCUCGGAGCCCUCGGCCCCCAGGUGUCCGCCAAGCGAGCACCAGCGAGCCAUGACGGCUGAGCCGGCCGGGCCUCCGCCCUUGGGCGGCCUCGGGGAGAUGGACUGACCGUGGGGGGGCAUCUCCGUCCUGGAACCUGUGGGUCUGGACACUGGCGAUGCCGCGGCCACGGCCGGAACUCGGGUGGGCAGCUUGGCUCCGACAGGAACGGGCCGG